UCACCACCCAGCGGUCUUCGUUUUGAACGCCUUUCUGACACCUCUUUGGCACUAUUUUGGGGGCCACCUGAACAUCCCAAUGGAAUCAUAACAGGCUAUAAAAUUUCUCACGAUCUAGUGAGAAAGGAUCACACCAACUCAUUUCUGCUACAAACAAUUGAUGACCCGACUCAGCAGACUUGGACAUUCCACAACAUGAGCAACAAAGAUACUUACAAGUUCUAUGUCUAUGCCAAGAACUCUGCAAGAGAAAGUCUUCCUGCCAAGAUAGUAGGCAGCACAAUGAAAGAGCUAGAAUUUCCACCAGUUCUGAACAUUACAGUUUCGAGGACAUCCAAGUGUAUCACCAUAAAAUGGAGACCAUUGGAGGGACAGAGAAAUGUUGAACUCAAAGUACAGAUGAAGAACAAGAGCAGUGAUUCGUGGCAGCAAUACGAUGUGAAUGCUUCUGAAGCCGAAUUCAAAAUUGUUGAACUGCAACCGAGUGAAAAUUAUUAUGUUCGUAUUUUGGCGUUAAAUCACACUCGUUAUGAAGAAAUUUGGGGAGUUGAGACUCACACUUUACCUUUAGCUGUACCUGACGAGAAGGGAUUUGCGUCACAGGGCUGGUUUAUUGGCCUGAUAAGUGCUAUAAUUCUGCUGCUUCUCAUCCUGGUCAUCCUGUGCUUCAUCAAACGUAGCAAAGGUGGAAAAUAUUCAGUGAAGGACAAAGAAGACACCCAAGUGGAUUCUGAAGCUCGCCCAAUGAAGGAUGAAACGUUCGGGGAGUACAGUGAUAAUGACGAGAAACCAUUUACUAGCAGCCAACCUUCCCUUAAUGGUGAUGUCAAGCCCCUCGGAAGUGAUGACAGCUUGGCUGACUAUGGUGGCAGUGUGGAUGUCCAGUUCAAUGAGGACGGCUCCUUCAUUGGCCAAUACAGUGGCAAAAAGGAAAAGGAGCCUGCUGGGGGGAAUGACAGCUCCGGCGCAACCUCUCCGGUUAACCCCGUUAACAUUGCAAUCGAGUAAAAAAAAAAUAUACAACGCGUUUUUGAUGGAGGAAGGUCUUAGGGGAAAUAUAUGAAGAAUGAACACUUGGGGGGCCAGUGGGAAGAACUGGAUGGAUCUGGAGAAUUUAUUUUUUGCUUGCAAACCUAUUAACCAUUUUGGUGCUAGAGCAGCAAGUAAUAUAUUAUGUGGUAAGUCUCUCUUGCACCAAACGGGUCGAACUGCUGUACUAUUUUUUGACUGCAACUCCAUGACGUGUACUAGACAAAGAAAUACAUAGGAGGAGGAAAAGGAUAGGUGCCAACAGAUUUUGGGUACCAGUGUUGUCAUAUUAUUUAAUAAAAAUGAACAAAAAGUGGUGAAAAAUACAAGAAAGGAUAAAAGAAAAAAAAAAGAAAAAAAAAAAGAAAAACCAAAGGAAGAAAAAAAUAAGAAAAAAUAAUGCAUUCCUCUCUUUCACGCCAAGUUUCGCAUUCACACAAGAACUGUGUUACUUUUCUAUGGUGUCUUUUCUUUGUAAUGGUCUCUUUCAGUGUGUUUAAAAUUCACAAUGGACCCAUCGGCUCUGUGGGUCUUAUUAUCUGAGCGUGGCUUGCCAAAAAAAAAAAAAUAUGAAAAACAUGGGAUCUGAGCAUUGCCUAUGUGUGCUUUUCUCAACAUGGCAAAAUCUUCUGUAUUGUCUCACCAUCGUCACCAUGUCAUCUGUCCAUCAACGAGCCAGAUUGUGGGGCUAUCACGUUAGCCUGUCCCCUUGUAAUCACAGUGGGUUCCCCUGGAAGAUGGAAGGAGUAAUGAAAAAGAAUUCUUUUUUUAUGCUCUUUGGUUCACAGCCUCUCGUCUGGCGGAGAGGGGGCAUUUACUUGUCAGGCAUUGGCACAAAAUGUGCACCUGACAUUCUCAUGGUCUCUCUUUUGGCAAAAAAAUAAAUAAAUAAUGUUUCGUAUCACCAUAUUCCAGCGGGUUGUUGAAUUGACAUGGUAAGUAGUAUUUUUUUUUAAUACAAGAUAGGCUUAUUUAAUGUUGUGUGGCAAAUAGUAAAACCGUGAAGUAGCCAACAGCAUCCAUGCAGUUGCCCUCUAUCAAAGUUGGGGGUCUACUGAAAGUUCAUAUUUGGCUAUAGCUAUUGGUUACACUGUACACGUAUUAUAUGCACCAGGCCAUUACAUAAGCUUACAAUGUUAAUCAGCAACCUCCGUAUGCUCGGUUCUGCAUGGUGUGCAUCUCAGGAGCAAUGAAGGCAACAAACCAAUUUGACCCCCACUGUUACUAGACUUUCAAUUUAUGACCGGAUGUAAGGUCUUCUAAGGGGGUCGAGCCAUAAAAUACAGGGUUUAUUGCAUGCUCAAUGCAGAACUGGCAAGCAACUGAUAAGCAGUAGAGAAUCCUGCUGGCCUUUUUUGCAAGACAAGCAAGGUUCUUCUUUUCCUUAGCAUGUCAGGACCAAAGGAGAACAAAUUUCCUUGUAUCCCAAUGUCUUUUCUCAGGGGCAGGUGCAGCAUUAUGGCUAAGGUGCUUACUUGGGGAAUCCAUACCAACCACCUUAUCUCCCUGUGCCUCAGGGUCCGCUCUGUGACUAUUAUAUCACCCAUUGUCCCUAUGUUUCUGCAGGAACAUGCAGUGGCGUCUCCACCUGCCUGGAGACCUCAGCAGAUUAUUUCCAGACAGAAGUGCUGUGUAUAUAUAUAAAGGGUAUCAUUUUGUUUCCGCUGAGUAACCACUACCCCUGUCUGUUAUCACAUUUAACUGUGGAUGUUAGAUUUGUUUCGUUUUUUGGGGGGUGUUGAUCAGGAGGUUGAGAUUAUAUGUGAAGGAGAGCAAUGUACUAACCUACAGUGCCAGGAAAAAAUAUGAACUGUGUUUAGUUGCGGGAAAGGCUGCUUUUUGGAGUAUUCUCAUGUGUUCUUCAAACAGUCCUUGGUCCAAGAGUUCCAUGAUGGACAUCAAUCACCUUCUUAUGAACUACACAUUACUACAUUAUAUCUACACAACUGCCCCACAACAUUAUGGUAAAAAUGUCAGCACCUAUAGAUUCUCAAUAUAUAGUAACCUGAAUGAGGGGCCACCCUUGAGUCCUUAGCAAUGGCCAAACGUUUGCUAAAAUGAUCUCUAGGGCAUCUAAACUAGGCCAUUGGCUUGCCAUUGGUCAGAGAGGAUGUUUAUUAAUGACUGGACAGAGGAGGACUCCCAUUUUGGUUUAAUUGGUUCAAUGAUUACUGAGGAUUCUCUGGUGAGCCCAGGUCAUCAGACAAUAAUACUCCCCAAAUAUCAAGAAGAAGACAACUUCAUUUGGAGAUGCUCUUUUUCUUAUGGGUUUAUUGACAGCUAUCCAAUUAGGACCUUAUUGAUUAAAUAUCUUGGGCUUUCAAAGAUGUUAAAAGUGGACAUAUAGAUGUAAGGUAGGUGAUCCAAGGAACCUAAGUAUAACAUUGGUUGCCAUUCAUGGCUUGGAAUCCAUUUGUUAUCUAUGAUGACAAGCCAAUGAUUAUUUCCACAACAAACAUGUGUGACAUAUCCAAAAUGUUUCCACAUACAUUGUCAACUUUCCAUUCCUUCCUCAUCUAGAUGCAGCGUUCUCUGUUUUGGAUAUAGGUGUGGAUCCCAAAUGUGAGACCUGAUAGACUGUGUAGAUUCCCAAAAUGUCUGUAAUGGGAAUAACUCUUCAAUCACUACACAUUCUAAAAACUUCUCAGCCUCCCAUAACUAUAACACUUGAAUAAAUGAACCAUGAAUUCUCUCCACAGUGCACCACGUAAACCUAUCUGGUGGUACAUUUGCUUUUUCAUCUUAAAAGAAGUCACCAUUAGAUCCAUUUGCCGAUGUUCUAUGUAACAUAGCACACAUUAUUUCCUUAUAUGUAAUAUUACAUAAUGCCAUAACUACAAAUAGUGGAAUUCUGAAGUAUGUCUGCUAAAGGGGUAAGACCUCACUCGAGGAAAUGGUCAUGUAAAGUAUCUUUAUAUGGGGUUUAGAGUGUCUUAAGCUGAGAAUGAUGGUAAUGACAUCCAAAAGGGUAGAAGACUGUUCAUGGAAUCUCAUAGCACAACUGCCAUUACUUACAUGCUAUGUACAGAUAUGUCCUUCCUGACUUUUGUUCUUGGCAUCAGAUGACCAGUUUUGUCUAUACUCUAUCUGUGGCAAACCUAGUAGUCGUGAUGUGAAUUGCAGACUGCCAAGGUUUUUGCUAGCAUCUCAAAAUAUUGAGUCAUUAAAGGGUCAUUCCAAUCUCAGACAUUGAUGGCAUAUCGCUAGGAUAUGCUGUCAAUGUCAGAUUGGUGGAGGUCUUAUCUCUGGGACCUACUCCUAUCUCCAUAACAGGACCCCGAAAGUGAAGGAGAGCGCACUGCGCAAGUGCAGCCACCCUCAAUUCACUGCUAUGGGAGUUUUUAUAACAGCUGAGUACUGGCUAGGCUAUUUCCAGCAGUCCCAUAGCGGUGAAUAGAGAGGUGGUUGUGCAUGCAUGGCGCUCUGUCCAUUCACUGCUAUGAGACUUCUGAACAUAGCCGAGUGUGCUCGCUCAGCUAUUUUCGUAAAUCCCAUAGCAGUGAAGGGAGAGCAUGCUGCGCAUGCACAUUCUGCUUUCCUUCACUUUGGGGAGCCCAUUCUGGAGAUAGGAUGGGGCAACCAGAGGUGGGACCUGCACCUAUUUGACAUUGAUGGCAUGUCCUAGGGAUAUGCCAUGAAUGUCUGAGAUGGUCCAAUCCCUUUAGCUAAAUUCAAGCAACCCUAAGGGUGGACACAUCUGUGUGGGUUCAUGAUUGUUCCAUUGGAGCUACUUCACCACAAAUCUCAACAAGCCGCUGGCCGAUGACACGAUCUUGGACUUAUAGUUCAACACCAGUUGGCCACAAGUUGUUUUAAGUCCUUCUAGCCAAUACGGUAUAGAGACUGAACAGCACUUCAUAUCCAAUUAUUUGGUUUUAAACUCAGCUUAGAGUGAACAAGGACACUGUGGAGUGAAUUUUCCUGGCAUUGUUCUGUAUGGACAGUGCACGUGAAUGCUCAGACUUGGUGUUUACCCUCCAGCUCUGGAAAAAAAAAAAAUAUAAUUAACACUUUUGCGGUCAGGGGUCAAAGCUGCAGGCACCCCUGGAAGUAGAGGGGUUUAAAUGGGAAAUCAAGAAGCACCGGGGCAGGUGCGGGAUGUACCUUUUUGAAUGUAAAUAGUGUUUCUGAAGUUUGUAUCUGACGGUAGUGUAUAGGCCUCUGUAAGUCCCUGUCUAUAGCUUGGUAUUGUUAAAGAAAAAUACAAACUAUAUCAUGAUACAAA